AUGUCAUCGCAGCAGCACUUUGACUCGGGCAUAAGGCCAAAGGCUAAGCCCAAAAAGCGACCACCGGUCCCUCGCAGCACGUCCGAGCUGUCGUCCUCUCCUGAGAAAACCAAGAAACCGAGGAAGAGCGCUACGUCCUCUCCUGAGAAGCCCAAGAAACCGAAGAAGAGCGAUCGCAAGAAGACCGAUCGCAAGAAGAAGCAGCACCACAAAAAGAAGGCCAGUCGCGGCGGGGGCCAGGGCAACCAGGAGUCGGACGAAACGACUGUCCUUAUCGACGUCAACCCAUUGGUUCGCUACCCUUUGCUCAUGAUGAAUCUGGCACUGUGGUUCCUGGGCCUGCUGCUGUUUGUAACCGGCGUGUCGCUGUACGUCGACUCGCUCGCUGGGGAGGAUGAAACCGACGUGCUGAGCUCCAUCGACAAAACCAGCGCCGUCUUUACGCGCAUCGAGAUCAUUGUGGCGCUCGGGGGCCUGUCGCUGUUCAUCGUCUCCUUCUGCGGCUGCGUGGGCGCCCUGCGAGAGAACCGCUUCCUGCUACAACUCUACUCGCAUGCCCUGACCGUCAUGAUCGCGGCGAACGUCGUCUUUGCCGUCGUCGUCUUCUACGUACCCGGCGGCAUUAGGAAGGUCCUCCAGAAAACGCUGUCGGAGUCGUUGGUCGUCCACUACCGUGACAGCGUGGACACAGAGCAGUUGGUGGACGCACUGCAGCGCGGCAUGAAGUGCUGCGGCGUGAGCGACAAAAACUUCAGGGACUGGAACCGUAACAUGUACGCCCACCCCAACAGCCAGUGAGCGUACAUACAUGUAUGUAGGCAAGAUGUAGAAAGCGGAGUCAUGAA